AUGCGGCUUGCGAACCUUCUCCGGCUGCCGUCCUCGCUGCUCCUCGCAUCACUCACCCUCGCCAUCGCCGCGCUUCCGGUCAGCUCGGACGAGGUAGAACUGCUCGUGCUCACUCCCGACGACUUCGACAAGACGGUCGCGCAUGGGGUAUGGUUCGUCGAGCACUUCUCGCCGUACUGUGGCCACUGCCGCAACUUCAUGCCCACAUGGAAGCAGCUCGUCCAAGAGAACGCGAACAUGUCCGACCCGGGCAUUCACCUCGCGCAGGUGAAUUGCGCUGUUCAUGGCGACCUCUGCAAGGCCCAUGGCGUCGACGGGUACCCUCAAAUGAAUCUUUACCGCGAUGGCGCGUUCGUCGAAAUGUACCGGCAGCCAAGAUCCUAUGACAUUCUCACAUCAUACCUCUCCGAGCACGCGGAGCCGACUUCGCUACCGGUGCUGCCUGAGACGACCGAGGUUCCGGUUGUUACUGCUGUACCCGACCCUGUACCCCAGCUCAAAGUGCAAGAGUACAGGGAUACGUACAAGCCUGCUGUUCCUGCGAAGGACUUCAACCCGGAUGGGAAGGUGCUCGCUCUCGACGACAAGACCUUCCAAAGCGCGGUGGACGAAGGUCACGUAUUCGUCAAGUUUUACGCGCCCUGGUUACACUCUGACGAGCCGUCGUACUCAAGGUGUGGGCACUGCAAAAAACUGGCGCCCAUCUGGGCGCAGCUCGCAGGGAAGAUGCAGCACAAGCUCGCCAUCGCUGAAGUCAACUGCGAAGCCCACGAUUCGCUAUGCCGAGCGGAGGGCGUACCAGGCUUCCCGCAGCUCAUAUAUUACGGAGGAAAGGGCGCAGGCAAGGUCGAGUAUACUAGCGGGCGCAAGCUCGAGCAGCUGAAGGCCUUUGCGGAGAAGGUUUCCGGGCCGCCGAUCCAGGAGCUGUUCUACCAGGACCUCAGCGCGCGUAUCGAGGAGUAUCCCGUACUGUAUCUUCUGCUUCAUCCCUAUUCUGACGGCGCCGUAGUUAAUGACGUCGUAGAAGCCGCUCAGGCUCUCUUUGGCUCGCCCCCAGUCUUCACGUCGGCGGCUCCCCAGUUGUACGAACACUUCAACGUACAACCUGACUCCGCCGUGGUUCUCGCACUGAAGGACCACGACGCCGUCCCGGCCACCGUCUACCGACUCCCCGCAACACGGUCGGCAAGCGACAAGGUCGCGCUCGUCGACUGGUUGCUGAAGAACCGCCUCCCAACGAGCAUGGCGCUCGACUCGGACACGUUCCAGGACGUCAUGAACGCGCCCCACAAGCCGCUCGUCGUCCUCGCCGCGGCUCCCCCCACGCAGCUUCAGGCCACCGCCGACGACGUCCAGCGCAUCGCGAAGCAGUGGCGGAACGCGAAGGGCGGGCCGGGCGUGACGUUCGUCUGGAUGGACGCGGACAAGUGGGCCAAGUGGCUCAAGGGCAUGUACGGCAUCAAGGCGGACAAGGAGGCUGUAUGCGGGAGGGCGUUGGUGACCUUCUUUGGUCCUCCGCAGGGUUUGGUCUACUACGACGUGGAUCAAUACGGCGUGAAGAUCCAGCUCACGACCACCAGCGUGUUCUCCGCGAUCCAAGGCGCACAAGCAGCAACGAUCCCCUACAAACAUUCAGAGAACAUCGUCGAACGCAUGGCUCGGUACCUGAACGGCAAGUUGACUUCCAUCGAGUCGUCUGUGCUGCUGUACCCUUGGCGCACGUUGUCCUUCAUUGUUCUCGGUAUACUUGUCGUAGUUUUCCUUGCACGACGGCUCUUCAGCUCAGACGUUGAUGCAGGCCAUGGGGUUUAUCGCAAAUCGGACAGGCUAGAUUAG